AUGGUCACACAAGCCCGCUAUUGUCUCCCACGCACAGACAAAGCAAUGGUUGAAAAUGUAGCCCUAUAUGGCGCUUCUUGGGCCGAAAAACAUCUGACUGCGUUGGGGAUUACAGCAGGAAGUGACGCCGUACAGCAGCUAGCACACCUGGCCAAUAAAGAGGGGCCGAUUCUGACCACUCAUGAUAG